AUAAAUAUAUACAAAUGAUGGAAGAAAAGAAAUAUAGAAGAAGAGACAAAAUUUGGAAAAUUAUCUUUCCUCACAAAUCCCACAAGCAUAAACAUGCACAUAAAGAAGAUACCCUUAAACGCACUACAGAACAAACCAAUAAGAUAAACUCACUUUCUAGUUAUGCUCAGCAACACUUUUCUAUUCAACUUGACUCCAACAUAUUUGAAAGUAUCCUUGAAAGUAAUGACUGGGACUCCAAAAAGUCGUUGGCAGACCUGCUUGACUAUGAAGAAGCCUCGCAUGGUAUUCUUGUUGAACCACCUUUACCCAAUACGCUGCUAUUAGGAUCUGAGAAUGAUGGUGGUACUUCUUGUUAUAUUGAUUCCUUAUUGUUUGCCAUGUACAUCUCUAAUACGGCAUUUGAUCCACUAUUAACGUACGAUAUCCCCUUGGAAGAAGAUCAAGACAACAAAAUCAAAUUACAGACACUGAUGCGGUUGUUUGUCAACAAGCUUCGAAAAGGACAUUUUAUUAGUGCAGACUAUGUUCAUUGGUUUAGAAAAAUACUCAAAGAAGCCAAGUGGAAUGGUCAGGAUGAAGCAGGUCAUUGGACUCAAGAAGAUGCAAGUGAAUUAUUUUUAUUUAUUACCGAGACAUUUGAUUUACCUUAUUUGCCCUUUCAAAUACGAUUAUUUCAUGGUGCAAACAAAGAUUCAGAUGAUGACCGUGUUAUGACAGACAGGACACUCACAUUGUCUAUACCAGAAACAAACAAUUCAGUCAAAGAAAUCAAAUUACAAGACAUUUUAGUCGAUUAUUUUUAUAACAGUAUCAUCACAGGUGUACGACGUCAAGUUGACUCAAGCCAUAGUCAUGAGGAAGUGACAGAGAAUGUGGCUGCGUCACCCACCAUCCAGAGCAUGAUCAACAACACAGAUGAAAAACCCAGUUCGAAACGAGCCCUUGUCAAGAAGAAUGAUGGUCAUGUAGCCGUCACUGCUUGGCAAGUCUUGGAACUGCUUCCAUUCUACAGCCCUACCAACGAGCAAGGUAUUUCAAUCAACGCACAAGUAGAUGCUUCAUUCCCCGAUACCCAUAUGAUUCUGCCUAUCGUCCUUAAACGAUAUCGAUAUGACCAUUCAGGUGGAUCUACCAAGAACAAGAAACGAGUGGAAAUACCUGUCACAAUCGACUUUAACAAGUUUGUCAAUCAAAACGUAGAUGAUCCUCUAUGUCCUACCUGUGGUCAUUUAGUAGACUGGACACUUCAUUUUAAAAGCGCUGUUUGUCACAAGGGAGAUUCACCUUUUAGUGGUCAUUAUGUUAGUUAUGCUCGAGUGAUGAGUGCAGAUGAAUCGUAUCAUUGGAUCAAGCUGGACGAUAUGAACCAAGCAAGUCGCGUCACACAAAUGACGGAUGAUGCUAGUGUUCAUGCUGACUUGGCUGAAAAUGCUUACAUUAUCUUUUAUGAGUUGGACAAGACAUGCCAUCAUGAAGCGUCUUCACUUUCUUCAGCAUCAGAGCACAAUGUUGAAUUAAAACAAGAAAGUUCACUUUCUACACACUCUACAGAUAAAAAGAAGCAUCACCAUCACCAUCACAGACACCAUUUGAAAGAUUCAUGCAGACUUAUGUAAAAAAAAAAAAAAAAAAAAAAA